AUGAAACGAAGACGAAUCCACAUCACUUAUGUUGCGCUGCUAGUUGUCGCUCGCUUUGCCCACGCUAUUGAUGACCCAGCCAGGCUUGUGGUCCGACCAGACUCGUCCGCUGUGGCUUCAGAUUCAAGGAUCAGCUUUUUCUGUCGAGCAGAUGGUAAUCCGCUGCCCAAUGUUGUAUGGAAGAUCAACGGGAAGCCUCUUUCGAACUCUAGAUUUAUCGUGAAGUCGCUGCCCACAGGCUUAUCCACUCUUCGCAUCGAUCCAGUUCUUGCCUCUGACAACCAAACCACAGUAUCCUGCUCAGCCGAUAACGGUGUAGCCAACCCCGUGGUGGCGGAUGCAGUGAUCACUGUGUUGGACAAAGCGGAUCUCCCGUCCGGCUUCCCCAUCGUCGACGCUCAUCCGACGCUUAAGUCCGUAGAGCAGGGUCGAACCGCACAUGUCACUUGUCGGGUUCGAGGUGAUCCACGGCCUAAGGUCUUAUGGCUGCGUGAUCUCGUCCCUAUUGACAUCAGAGCUGAAGGGCGCUAUUCCGUCUCUACUAUGGGGAAUCCAGGUGCUCUGAUGAUACAGCAAGCACGAGAGGAAGACCAGGGAAAAUACGAAUGUGUGGCAAGGAACAGCUUCGGCGUUGUGCACUCAAAGGCGGCUCAUCUUUACGUGAAAGGUGUGGUUGGCCGUGUGCUCGUUCAGUUUGAUAUCUGUCACUCAUUAUGGACAGUUUUGAUGUUACUAAAUGGCCAUGAACAUUACAUUAUGUUGUCGCUUCUGCUGAGCGGACAUCAUGCGAGCGCGUUCUUGACCCAUACCUUACCUCUACACCUUUUUGGUGUCGACACCGCUAAUAACUCCAGCGAUUCGGUUCGCCGAGUUCCGCCCUAUUUCUCCUACAAACUCGAGAAAAUUUAUCGGAUCGGAGCUGGUGGAAGUGUGAAUCUGACGUGCGUCGCCGUUGGAUUUCCCAUGCCUCGAGUGUUCUGGAAGAAAAGCGACGAUGUUGUGCUGAGCGAUCCAGCAACCGCUCCGAUCGGGAAGAACGUGCUCACGCUUACAAACGUUGAGCAGUCGGAGAAUUUCACCUGUGUCGCUGUUAGCAAACUGGGCAACAUAGAAGCGACAACACUAGUGGAGGUUAAACCCCUUCCACCACCACCACGUCAUUUCCAAGUGUCCACAGUCACAAGCGACACUGUGACACUCACAUGGGAGCGUCCUGUUCUAACAGAACCCGCAGUGGAGUAUCUCAUUAAAUACCGGCAGAAAUAUGCUGAUUCCAAUGGUGUGAAGAAAUGGAAAGUGAGCCAGUCGGAAACCAGCACAACAAUCCCAGAUCUGGAACCUUUCCAGCUGUACGAAUUUGUCAUCGCCACUGUAGGAGAUUUCGGGGAAGGCCCUAGCUCGAUCCCAAAAGAGGCACAAACUGCGGAGGCAGCUCCCGGAAGCCCUCCGACUAAGGUGCAAGCACGAAGUCUCAACCGCGACUCAGUACUCGUGAAAUGGAGUCCCAGCGAGAAACCGAACGGAAUGAUUACCGGCUAUCGCAUCUUCUACACAAAUAAUGAUCGAUCAUCCCCUAUUGCUUCUUGGGAAAUGCAUGAGACCAAAUCGGACGAGCUGAUGGCAACCUUAUACGGCUUGGAGAUGGAUAAACGCUACUAUGUCGUAGUUCAAGCGCGCAAUGCGCAGGGAUCGAGUCCCAUGAGCGCCGUGGUAACUGUCGCUACCAAACCUGGCACACCCGGUCAACCUAUGUCACUCGCAGCCAAGCCUCUGGACUCACGAAGAGUGCAAUUGUCCUGGGAAAAGCCACUAUUCUCUCUGCCAGUCACAGCUCGAUGUUGUUUUGCAAAUUCUCCAAAUCCACUGGAACAACCUGAAUGUGUUACCUGUACAUUACGUUCUCAUGCCUGUAACACGGCAGUAUGCGAUUGUCAUCCGAGCUGUUCAGGGUACGUGAUAUGGUUCAACGGGACAGGCGGCGAAAAAGAACUCACACUGACGUCACCUCACGAGAAACACACCGUUAUGGGUCUUCAUCCGAAUACCAGCUAUGGAUUCAAAGUUGCUGCAAUUUCUGCAAGAGGUAAUGGAGAAUUCUGUGAACUGGUGUUCACUACUACUCCGCCAUCAACUCUCACGGGAUCUCCACGCCUGAUCAACGUCACCGCCACCUCCUCAUCUGUUCUGCACGUCUCCUGGCUGCAACCGGAAACAACCCAUCAAAUUGUGCAAUAUCGCAUUCAGUAUCGUAUUGUGAACAGUGAAAAUGUCACUUCGGCCGCUAUCACAUCAAGCUACGAGGAGGACGGUGAUGAGGAUGUUCCUGAUACAAUAACACCCCUGAUCUACAGUAUGCUUGUGAACGAUAGUGAAGCAACAGCAGCGAAUAUCACUUCACUACAACCAUUCACCAUCUAUGAGGUUACGGUUGCUGCAGCUACAGAACUCGGCUAUGGUCCCGAAAGUAACCCAGUGCGCAGACAAACGCUUGAAGAUGAUGACAACGAGGAUCUGCUUCCCGGUAAGUAA